AUGUCUUCGGAUUCAGAAAUGUACACACCAAAGAAAGACGAUUCGUUGCGAAAGAUAAACAAACCCAUGAUGGAGAAAAAGAGAAGAGCUCGGAUCAACCAGUGCCUCACACAACUCAAGAGCCUCGUUCUGGAGGCUAUGAAACGAGACAGUACACAAGUUUCAAAACUUGAGAAGGCAGACAUCUUGGAAAUGACGGUAAAUUAUUUACGAAAUACCCAGCAUCAGCAACAACAGUGUGUCGACUCUACGACAGAUAUGAGACGUAACAAAUACAGAACGGGGUUCAACGAGUGCGCAACCGAAGUCAUGCGUUACCUUGGUAACGACGAAGGAGUGACACCCGAUGUCAAAUCGAGGCUUAGUGAUCACCUGACUAGGUGCGUUCGAGUGAUGAACAGUCGACUUUCAGAAUCCAGACCUGAAGCAAGUGAAUAUAUUUCCCAGACUUGCGCCGAGGGUUUAUCAAUAGAUAUUCCGUUUUCUGGAUCUAGUGUUGGGACAGUGCAGAGUCAAACUAGUAAUGGUAUCUACUUGUUGAAAACCCAAAAUAUGAAUGCAGCACAGACAUAUCAGUACAAUCAGCACGUGCUCACAAAUGGACAGAGGUCAUUUUCACAAUGCAGGUCACGGUAUCAGAUGAAUGUAGACAAUUCAAUGAUGAAUGUGUCACCAGUAAGACAAUCUCAAGGUGUAUUAAACGUCACAUCCGGUCAGCAGCACCUACAAUAUCCGGGUCAUUUGAAUGCUUCUAUUCACCAACGAACACCAACCGGAAAUGAUAACCUGAAUCACAUGCACAACAACAACAACAACAACAACGAAGUGGUUUGGCGUCCGUGGUGA